AUGGGGUCGUUUAUAAAAAUUCGCUCUGGGCUGAAUGUUUUAAGUAAUUUUUUGAAACCAAGAGUUGAGGUGCUGACAAUUCCAUAUCGUGAAAGAUAUAGUAAACUGAAUCAAAAGCCAAGGAAACGUCUUCCACCUUGGCUGCCUAAGCAGACACGAACAUUAUACAGAGAUGACGUCACACUGGAAAACAGAGGAUUUGUAAAAGAAGUAUUAGAAACAAACUACGGAUCUCCGGAUCCAUUGAGCAAAUGUUAUUCACCCUUAAAGGUCGCUCCCAUUGAACCCUCUCCAGAAUGGGUUCAAGGAUCAAGAAGAACUGGCACCAUUGCCCGUAAAAUCGGGAUUUACCCGAUGUGGCUGAAGAAUGGGAAGAAAGUUCUCGCUACUUUGUUACACAUUUGUGACAACCAUGUCAUCAAAUAUAUUCCUCCUGAAGAGUGGGAACCAGGUCAUAGGACGAGGCAUAUUAUUCCUAAGAGAAAAUUGGGAUGCUUGGUUGUCGGAGCUGAAAGCUCUGACCCACAAUUGUAUACUAAAGAAUAUUGCGGAUUAUUUUAUAACGCUGGUGUGAUGCCCAAAAGACUUUUAUCACGUUUUGCCGUCACGCCCAACGGUGCACUGCAGCCUGGAACGCCACUAUUGGCGACUCAUUACAGACCUGGUGAUGUUGUUGAUAUCAGAGGCAAAACAAUUGACCGUGGAUUCCAAGGUGUAAUGAAACGUUGGGGUUUCCAUGGUAUGCCUGCGACUCAUGGUGUAACUAAAACUCAUCGUCGACCAGGUAAUAUUGGUUCAGGAGGCCAGAAAGCUCGUGUUAUGCCUGGAGAAACAAACUCUCUGGUUCACGUAUACGACACCUUGCUACCAAGACGACAGCCUGAAACACCACCUCCCUUUCCCACUUUCAUCCCCACACCAGAUACUGAGCUUUCCGACGAAGCUUGGGCCGAUGACGUUCAUCCUUUCGGCGCUCCGACAAUCGAGUUUGAGCCAGAAAAAUAA